CAGUUUGAGUUGUAUGCAUUGCGUCUUGCAUCAGAUCGUUUACCGUUUAAGAGGCAAACGGAACGAAACGGUGAGCGACCUACCUAAAUUUGUCCAAUAGAAACUCGUUUUCGUUGCAAAAGCUUUCCGUUUGGAGUAGGCUUUAUUAAACAGUUUCGCAACAGACGAACGUUUUUCAAAACAAUUGGCGUAAUGAAUACACCCCUGGUUCGACCGGCCAGCCCAGGUGUGUUUCUUGUCAGACGGCUAUGUCACGCACAGGGACUGGUUGGUCACAUGGUCCAGCUCCAACGUUCUGCGGAAAUUAAUUAGCGGAAGAAACAGGUGGAUGUAUCAUCUGCAGGUGACACAGCCAGAGGAAAUCAGAGCCAUAUAAACAUAUUCAUACUGAACAGCAAGGCCAUGUGAGUCUGGCCCGGGUGACUGUGUAAAAGAGAGACCAGUGGGUCCCCAUGUCUGCUAGAGGAGGUUCCUCUGGCCGUUUCAACUGUGUCCGGGAUGCAGAACCUCACUACGACCAGGUUCCAGUGGGCUCCUUAUGGAGGGACCAGGACCUCCCUCCUCCUCCUCGCUCCCUUAGGGGUUUCAGGGGGGCAGACCUGGCUGUGAGCUCUGACCCCCUGCCCCCCCCUCCCCUCCCAGACAUACCCCCCGUGGGCCCUGACUUCUACCCUCCUAGCGACGGUGCCCCGGAGCGCCUUGACAACGACAGCGCAGCCAUGGACAUCAAACCCGUCCACCGCUUCAUUCCUGACUCCUUCAAGAACUUCUUCCGCGGCAACAGUGUCCGUGGUAGCAGCAACAAGCCCUUCUCCUUACCCCCCUCCCCGCCGCUGACGGAAAAAGACGACCUCAAACCAGGAACCACUAGAGGUGUCCCCUGCUCCCCUCCCCCCUCUCCCUCCCUUCCCGGUUCCUACCUGGACCCGUACGGAGGCUCUGGCGGCAGCUACAACUCCCGAAAAGAACGUGACGCCAUGCUGCUAGGAACCGAUGCCUUCGAGUCUGUCUCAGGCGUCACAUUCCGCUCAGCCAAGACCUACAGCGAGCGGGUGGAGGAUUACCACCAGCGCUAUGCCUAUAUGAAGUCCUGGGCGGGGUUACUGCGCAUCCUGGGCUGCGUCGAGCUCCUUUUGGGCGCUGUCGUCUUCGCCUGCGCGUGUGCUUAUGUGCACAAGGACAACGAGUGGUUCAAUAUGUUUGGCUACUCCCAGCCACAGUUGUUCGGGGGGUUAGGGGGCGGCGCAGCAGCCUACGGAGGCAGCGGAUCGUUCAGCUACGACGGACCCAAAACCCCCUUCAUCUUGGUAGUGGCUGGCCUGGCCUGGAUAGUAACAGUCAUUAUGCUAGUCCUGGGGAUGACCAUGUACUACCGUACCAUCCUCCUAGACUCGUCUUGGUGGCCCUUGACUGAGUGUGUGAUUAACCUGGCCCUUGGGUUUCUCUACAUGGUAGCAGCGGCAAUGUACGUCAGGGACACAACCAGAGGAGGCCUCUGUUACAUCCCUGUCUUCAACAACGGAAUCAACGGGGCCUUCUGUCGUACAGAGGCCGGCCAGACCGCCGCCAUUAUUUUUCUGUUCGUCAACAUGAUAAUAUAUUUUGUGGGCGCCGGCGUGUGUCUGAAGCUGUGGCGGCACGAGGCGGCGAGGCUGAGGAGGGAGGGGUUAGCGCAGGAGAUGAAAACCAUUGGAUCUUCCCUGCCAAUAUCUGCUCUGGGCGGUUCCAGGACCUCAGAGCAGACCCCUCUCCCCACCCUCCAGACUAUCCCAGAGGUGUUGGACGGCCAUCUUGCCUCUCCAGCCGUCCCUCUGAUGAUGAAGCCAGAGAUCCUCAGAGGACACAUCCCUGCAGGACACAUCCCCAAACCUGUAAUCAUCGCAGACUACGUAGCGAAGUACCUGACCAUCCGUACGGAGGAGGAGAGGGACCAGUACAAGGCUGUGUUUAAGGACCAGUAUGCUGAGUACAAAGAGCUGCAUGCUGAGGUCCAGGCCAUGGCCAAGAGGUUUGACGAAAUGGACGAACUGAUGAAGAACCUGCCUCCACGGCCCUCCAGUCAACUGGAGAAGAAACGCAUCGAUACCAUAGUAUUGGAGUACCAGAGAAAGAAAGAGGAUCCUACGUUCCUUGAGAAGAGGGAGAGGUGUGAGUACCUGAAGAACAAACUGUCCCACAUCAAACAGAAGAUCAACGAAUACAACAAGGUCAUGGACUGGAACGACGGAGGACCAGAGGAUCCCAGUAUGCCCUCUCACAACAAACGCACCUCUCCUUCCUACCAUCCCGGCAGCAGACGGCAUGAACACAGGCACAAGCAUAGCGAGCAUGUCUCCAACCCAGCUUACUCUUUCUACCCAGACGAGGAGCUCCUCCACUUCUACCGCUGGACCUCUCCUCCAGGGGUGAUGAAGAUCAUCUCCAUCAUCAUCAUCAUCAUGUGCGUAGCGGUCUUCGCCUGCGUGGCGUCUACGCUCGCCUGGGACUACGACAUGAGCACGAUGGGAAUGGGCGGCGGCGUCGGCGCCGGGCUGGGGAUCGGAGGCGCCGGAGGAUAUGGUGGGAGCUAUGGCAGUAGUUACGGCGGUGGCUCCUCCUACGGCAGCGGUAUCGGUGGAGGCUCAUCCUACGGCGGAGGUAGCUACGGAAGCGGGACCCAGACUGACCCGCUGGCGGGGAAGGGCUUCAUCAUUGCCAUAGCAGCCAUCACCUUCAUCGCCGUGCUCAUCAUCUUCAUACUAGUGGUGUCGCGGCAGAACGCGUCCCGCUCGCCAAAGUUCUACCUGGGGACCAUCAUCGUGUCUGCCAUCUUGGCAAUACUAAUGAUCAUCGCUACUAUAGUCUACCUGGUGGCAGUGAACCCCACAGCCCAGUCCUCAGGGUCUGUCUACUACAACCAGAUCAUACAGCUGUGUUCCCAGUACCAGAAUCAGAACCAAGCCCAGGGAAUCUUCAUCAACCAGUACCUCUACCAUUACUGCGUGGUGGAACCUCAGGAGGUCAUAGCCAUCAUCCUGGGAAUCUUGGUAUUUCUGGGUCUGAUCAUCCUGCUGGUGUUUGCUGUGAAGACGCGUCAGAAGAUCAGGCGCUGGGGCCCAGACAGAAUCCUCUGGGAGGAGGCCAAGGUUACCAGCAACAGCCUGCGCACACACACCAUCGGAGAGUGGGUGAAUAACGUGUCUGGUCAGCCGGACACUCUGGUGAAUGAAUACAACGACAAGGUGGGGGGCUCCAGGAACUUCCUGGACCAGCUGCCAGACCACAGACCUCUGUAUCUGCCUGGGAGCUCAGACAUAACUAGUUCGUUGGGAGGACUGAAGAGCAAGCUGAGGGACUACGACACUGGUGCAGAAUCGGGAGGAGAGGAUCUGGACGAGAUCGACUUUAACACCGAGUUCUCUGCCAUCUUGAAUGAGCAGGAGCGUCUGGACUACAAGAGGGAGUUUGACCGGGACCAUCUGGAGUACAAAGAGCUUCAGGCUGAGCUGGAUGACCUCAACAUGGGCCUGGCUGACCUGGACAAGGAACUGGACAGACAGCCAGAGGGCAGCCCACAGUUCCUGGAUGCUAUGGAUAAGUACACCCAGAUGAAGAAUUUGAAGAAGUCCUCAGACUAUCAGCUGAAGAAGAAGAGGUGCAAGCAUCUGAAGGCCAAGCUGUCGCACAUCAAGAGGAAGGUCAGCGAGUAUGACCGCAGACGCUGAACCCUGACCACUAACCCCAGUCCAGAGCAGACUCCACCCUUGUCUGUCCAGGAAACUGGCCCCAAAAGAAAGAAGACCAUAAUGGGAGAGGGACCCAGAGAAGGCUUUUUUUCAAUGUGAAGUCAUAUGAACUGUUUUUAAGAGGGAGAAUUCUCUGAAUGUCUAAUAAUGUUUUAUUUUUUUUUAAAUUAAAGUUAGAUUGAUGUUGAGUCCCCCCCCCCCCCCCCAUAGCCGCAGGAAGUAGGGGUGCUAAGAGUGCCGCCGCACCCCCUGAAAAAUCCUGAUGUGGCUCAGUUGGCAGGGCAUGCUGCUUGCUAUGCUAGGGUUCUGGGUUCGAUUCCCACAGAGGACCAGUAAGAAAAUCUGUGCACUUACUGUAAGUUGCUCUGGAUAAGAGUGUCUACUAAAAUGGAAAAGGAAAGAAUAGACCAUUUAACUUUUCACAUAGAAAUAAGUUGCAAAGUAUUUCAAGAAAAUGGAUAACAUAUCAAUAAAGUUUUUUUUAUAUUCCACAAGUAUUUUAAGAUUACCUGUUUUGUACAGAUAAUUAUCAGACUCAAUUUACAAAUGUUGGUAAACACAAAUACAUUAAGUAUUUUUUUUUCUUCACAAAAGCAGUGCACUGGGCCUGUAUAGCGGACCAAUAUAUAGACCCCCCCUCCCCCCUCUGUCGUCACAGCAACCCCAUCCCCAAACUACUUCCGGCGGCUAUGAUUCUACCUCUGUGGCCUCUGCCGAGUCCCCAACAAUUGGAUGUUCCGGUUUUGGAAAGAGCCUGUGACUCGACUUCCGCUUUUGGACAUUGCCAAGGUGACCAGCCAUCUUAACUCCUCCUCCACAUUUACUGGAUUAAUUGAACAGUACAGAAGAGAACCUCCCCAGACAGUUAUUUUUUUAUUUUGAUAAACAAUAUUUAUGGGAUCUAGUUUCAGGCGUUUAUUUGAAACCUGCUACGUUAGGUUAACAGUUGGGUAAUGAUGGUUGGUGCAAGAUGCUAAAGGUUAUUAGAGCGCCCUCUAGGGUAUAGAUACAUGACAUGGCCAAUGUUUUUUUUUACAUGUUUGUACAUUUUUGUUGUUUUAACACAUGUUCUCAUGGGAUGGUCCUGUAUCAAAAUAAAUACCCGGUGGGACCUUAUGGAAUUGUACAGUUGUCAGCUUUUACAAAUUAAUUUUGUAGCUGUCUUUUACUGACAUCCGGGCACCAGAUGUAUAGUAAGCAAAUUAAAGAUUUUUUCCCUUUUUCUUACCUAGAUCUUUUUGUGAAUUUCCGAAAAUGUUUUUCCAUUCAUGUAAAUUUUAAUUUUCUCAGACAUUUCUGUCUGUUUAGUUAAAAAAACAAAUGUGAGCAUUGUGAUGUAUUGAAGAUAUUCAUCCUCAACAAUAGUCUGAGGUUAAAUAUUGUCCAUACAGAGAUGCAGGCAAGUAAGCUACUACCAUGGUGAUUAUGUACAA